CUGUUUUCUCUCCUUAGCUGAUGUCCACAACCGUUACGACGGGCUCCGUGGCGACAUCGAUGGCCGCCUCAACACCCUGCAGAACGCCCUCACACAGUCACAGAGUGUCCAGGAUAGCAUGGCAGAUGUCCUGCGCUGGUUAGACAAGGCAGAGAGGGAACACUACGUCCUUGACAAAGGAACGGCUGUCAAGGUCAAGAAAGAGCCACUGCAGGAACACUAUCAACAAUACAAGAUCCUGCAAACAGACAUUGACAACCAUCGUCCCGUUGUAGAGGCGAUCAACCGUCAGUCCGGGGACCUGAUCAGGAACAGCGAGCCUCAGGUGGCGCAACUGAUCCAAUCCAAUCUUGAGAAGAUCAAUCAACGCUACGCCAAGGUGGAUGCUGAUACACAGGGUACUGGGCAAUACCUGACUGAUCUGACGGACAAGCUGAAUGAGUUUGUUAAACAGGUGGAUUCUCUUGAAGACUGGGAGCUACCCGUUAUCAACACCAUCGAGAACAGUAACUUCAUGCAGGGCAACUUGAACGAAGUCGCCAGCAAACUCAUGGACUCUCAGCGUCAGAUGGAGGGUCACACCCAGCAGCUGAACCUGGUCCGCCGCCUUGGUUCCGAGCUGUUGAAGCACCCCAAGGCAAGCGAUACAUCCUUCGUAUCCACCGUCCUUGACAACACCAAUAGGAACUGGGAAAGUCUGGAGGAUGCCAUUGAAAAGAGAACUCAACAGCUCGAGGAGAGGCAGGCUGCCACCAAGAAGUAUAACACGGCCAGCACGGACACCAACUACUGGCUGGACACAUCCGAAAGGAGGGUCAAGCAGCUCCAGCCGGUCUCCAUGGACAGGCAGACCGUACAGAUGCAACUCAAAGAAGUUCAGCCUCUGCGUGAUGAAGUGAUCAGCUACAAACCCACCAUGACAGACCUCAACAAGGUCGGCAACAACCUUGAUCGUAUUAUCAAGGUCACAAACUCCUCCACUGCAACAGAGCCUCAUCUCAGGUCCACGACGCUAGGUCAGGAACGGAAGCCUGGUGAGAGGCUGCGACCCAAGAUGGCAGCUGCUUUGGACCAGAGCGGAUUCUUUGAUGAGGAAUCUCCUAUCAAGGAUGAAUUGAACGUUGCCAAUGACCGUUACGACGACCUCCUGGCUAAACUCAAGGCCAGAGCCGAGCUCCUGGAACUCAUCAGUGAGUACAUGGAUCUCAUGGGCCGUCUUGGGGAGACCCACGACUGGAUCCAGAAACUUGACAACCAGAUCAACAUGACCAAGAGCGGAGCUGGAGAUUUGGAGUCGCUCCAACAACAUCAGAGUGAUUUUGCUAACCUGAGGAAUGACUUUGAGCAGCGCCGUGUGCCCAUCCAGGAUGUCAUCAGCGACGCCGAGACCUUCCUGAGGGUCAACCGCAACCAGCUGACCGGUCAGCAGGCCCAGGACAUGCAGGACAAGAUCAACGCCCUUAGGCGAUACCUUGACCAGGUCAUGGUCAUCACGGAACAGAUCGUCAAGGAGACGGAGACACAGAUCAUGGCUGUGAACCUUGAGAUGCAGGAACAGUCUCAACUGGGCCUACAGUUCCAGGAAGUUUUGACGGCUUUGCAGGAUCUGCUGGAUUGGGUCAAGUAUUCUGAAGAACAGCACUCCUCUGAGCAACCUCUUGCUGAAACUCAAAGGGAGGUCCAUGAUCAGAAUCUCACACAUACAAAACUCAAUACAGACGUCCAAGACCAUUCUGAGCCUGUCCAGAGGGCCAUCGAGGAUGCCAACACACUCCUGAAGGCCAAGAGCGCCAAGCUCACCCAGGACGACCAGCGCGUCCUGCAGGAGAACUCGGACGAGCUCCGCACCCGCUACGACCAACUCAACAAGCACUCCUCCGAGUGCUCCAUCAAGGUGCCCCUUGCCGAGAAUGACCUGGCAAAGAUCGAGGAAGACUUCACCGAAUUCGGGGACUGGUUGAGGUCCGCCGAGCAGGAGUUGGAUGCGAUCGUCAGGAACAUCGCAACAGACGGGGACCACCUGCAACAGCAGGUUGGAGAGCACAAGAAGUUUACAGACAACGUGGUGACACACUCGGCUGAUCUGAAGUACACCGACAAGGGCGCUCAACAGUUCCUGAACUUCAGCAAGACCUACCGUGAUUUCCUCAGGGAGUUCCGUAACAGAGUGGCUUCCCGGGAGUUCAUGCGCUCCUUCCAGGAGAACAAGGAGAGCGGGGUCAUCUUCCAGACACUCGCUGACUUCCACGCCCGUUACGAGCGGCUCAGGACAGCGUGCUUCGACCAUGGUGACCUCUUGGGCAAGCUGGUGGAGAAGCACACCAAGUACUGGGGUCGUGUCGGAACAACGCAGGAUUGGCUCCAGGGGGCCAACGACUCCUUGAGGGAAAUCAUGAAGGAACCCAUCUGUGCAGAGACGGUCUCCAUCAGGAGACAGAUUGAAAAGUUGGCCAAUUUCAGGAAGGAGGUUGGCAGUCACCAGAAGGAUGUGGAUGGGGUCACGGAAGCGGGUGUUGACCUCAGUCAAGCCCAGCCUAACAUUGGGCCUACUGUUGAUAGGACCACAGGUGACAUCGUGGAUGACUACGAGGCCCUUCAAGCCCAGAUCAACGACCGCUCCAACGCCCUGGAGGACGCACUGGCCAAGUCCCAGAACAUCCACGACAACAUCGAUGAGCUGAUGUCCUGGCUGGACAACAAGGAGAAGGACGUCCACAUGAUGAACAAAGGAACGGUGGUAGUGGUCAAGUCUGCGCCCAUGGAGGAACAGAUGAGUCAGGGCAAGAUGAUGGUGGAUGAGAUCGAGAUCAAGAAACCUGUGCUGGAGCAGAUGGUGAUGUCGGCGAACACCUUCGUGGAGAAUUGCGCUCCGGAAGAGGGCAUGAUCAUCAAGCAGAAGCUGGAUAACCUCCAUGCCAGAUACAACCAGGUCUCUGGGACGUCUAAGGACCACGGCCAACAGCUCUCCAGCCUCAAGGACAAACUAAAUGACUUUGAGCGAGCCUUGGAUGAGCUUGAAGAUUGGCUCCUGCCCAAGAUUGCCCGGGUCGAGUCCAAGGAAUUCAUGACGCAGGAACUUCCACGAAUCGGUGAUGAGAUCCAGCAAUGCCGCCAGGAGAUCGACCAUCAUCGCCCACAGUACAAGGUGAUCCAUGACCUCGCCAACGAACUCAUGAAGCAUCCCAAGGCAACAGAUGUGUCUGAGGUCAAGACUAUGCUCAAGAACUGCGAGCUCAACUGGGACACCCUUGAGAAUGCCCUUGCAAAGCGGGCUGAGCAGUUUGACAGAAAGCAAGCCGCUGCCAAGAAGUUCAACACCUCCUUCAAGGAAACGACAGGAUGGAUUGACAAUCAGUUGAGGAGGAUUGAUCAAAUGGGUCCAGUCGCUAGGGAUGCCGAGCAGCUCAAGAGACAGAUCAGAGAGAUUAAGCCCUUCCAAACUGAAGUCAAAGACUACAAACCCAGCAUUGAUGAGAACUGGCGAUUUGGUACCGUCUACGAUCGUUUGAUCAGUGAGACUGAAGACACCAUCAACACACGCACUCACUCCCGCUCGACUGAGAUCGACGUCACCAAGCCGAUUGAUGCUAGACCCCCAACCUACGCCACUCCGGAUUUCAUCGAAGACAAGGACACCUUUGUUGAUGUCCAGAUGGCCGAGGUCCAAGAGGGCUACAAAGCCGUCCAGUUUGAGGUCUCCGAGCGCCUAGAGGACCUGGAACUCAUGCUGCAGUUCCUGGAACGCUGUGGUGGAAUCUUUGGCCUGCAGGACUGGGCCAACGAGACGGAGACCAAGCUCCAUCAGCUGAAACCGACAAGCCGGAAUGUGGAGGAGCUGGAGAGACAGAUAGAGGCCUUCAAGCCGAUCUGUAAGGACAUUGCUGACCACAGGGUCCCAGUCUCGGAUGUGACAGUCCACGCCGAGCAGUUCAUCCGCAACACCAAGGACAAGCUCACACCGGAGCUUCAGACGGAGCUGACCGGUCUGGUGACAGAGCUCCGGGACACCUAUGAGAGGCUCCUCCGUGACAGCCAGGGAUGGCAGAGAGAAGCCGAGGAUACACUAGCUGCACUGAAGAAGGAUAGAGAUGAAACGAUGUCCGUUGAAGAGAGGGUGAAGGAACUGAUGCGAACUCUUCAGGACCUGCUGGACUGGGUAUCACAAGCCGAGAGACACCUUGGUUCAGAACAGCCCCAAGAAGAGGCCGUUCAACCUCUUACGAGACAGCAGCAAGAUCACCAGGUUUUGCAUGAGAAUAUUCAGCAGCACCAACAACCCAUCCUGGAGGCUGCCCAGGAUGUUGAGUCCCUCAUCAAGCAGUUCCCCAAACGCAUCGAUGAACCAACCCAGAACAACCUUCGCAGCUCUGCCAAUGACCUCAAGUCACGCUACAACGUCGUGAACUACCAGUCCACCAAACGCCAGACCAAGCUCGGCUCCCAGACCGAAGAACUCCAGAAGUAUGCCGACGACGAGGGUGACUUUGAGAGAUGGUUGAUACAGGCGGAGAAGACCCAGGCGGAUGUCCUGAAGAAUGUGGGACGGGACCUUACUACUCUGAAGAAGCAGAACUCUCAACAGAAGUCAUUCAAUGAAGAUGUGGUCAACCAUGUUGCAGAGCUCCGUUUCAUCAAUGUUACAGGACAGAAAUUCUUGGAUGGUGCCAAGGUCUACCGGCAAGAGCUUGCAGACUUCCGCAACAGCGUCCUGCCCCGGGACUUCAUCCGCAACUUCUCAGAGAAUCCAAACAGCAAUCUCAUCCGUGACAAGAUCGCUGACUUUAACCAGCGCUUUGACAGGUUGAAGCUGACGUCUGCCCAGCACCUGGAACGUCUCCAGGACCUAGUUGAGAGGCACACAGUCUACGUCAAGGCCAGUGAUCGGGUCCUGGACUGGUUGCCCGGUGCCGAGGAUACCCUUGGGACACUCCUUAGGGAACCCAUCGCAGCGGAGCCAGCAAAUGUCCAGAAGCAGAUUGACAAACUUGAGACUCUUCGUGAUGAUGUCGUCCUGCAUCUGAAGGAUAUAGAGAAUGUCAAGGAUGCCGGCAAUGAACUCCUUGAAGUCCAGGAGGAACUGCGACCCGAGGUCACCCGCAACGUCAACGACAUCACCAAGCGCUAUGAUGACCUGAACGGUAAGAUCGCUGCACGUCUGAACGAGCUCCAGGCUGCCUUGGCCAAGUGCACCAGUGUACAGGAGAGCAUGGAAAUGCUGCUUAGAUGGUUGGAUGAGUCUGAACGCAACGUUCACCAGAUGGAGAAGGGGACGCUGAUUGCCGUGAAGCGGGAGCCGCUCCUCGAGAAUCUUCAGGAGCAGAAGGUGAUCAUGUCGGACAUCGAGAAUCACCUAUCGGCAGUGGACGCAGUCAACACCCUGGCCCGUCCCCUCAUCCAAUCCAGCGAGCCAAAGGAAGCCCGCCAGCUACAGUCCAAGCUCGAUUCCAUCAACGAACGCUACGGCAAGGUCGACACCAGGACCAAAGACCACGGCGUCCAUCUUGAUAGGCUUAGCCGCAGAUUGUCCGACUUUGAGGAGGAGGUGGAGAAUCUAGAAGAUUGGCUGCUGCCCUCUGUUGAUGAGCUGGAGUCGAAGCAAAUUGCACAGCUUCCUCUUCCAGAGUUUGGCAGCAAAUUGCAGAGUGUCCGCAAGGAGACGGAUGCACACAGGCCACCCUUGAAGAAGGUUCACCAGCUUGGUGAUGAACUGAUCAAAGACACCAAGGCCAAGGAUACGUCCUAUGUGACAUCGGUCCUCAGCAAUGUGGAUGCUAACUGGAAGGCUGGCGAAAAGGCCUACAACACCAGAAACAAACAACACGAUGACCUCCAGAACACAACCAAGAAGUACGAGACUGACCGCAAAGAUGUCCUGUAUUGGCUUGACAACACGGAACGUCGCCUCGACCAGGUCCAGCCUCAGGCCAUGGAUGCCAACACUGUACAGAUCCUUCUCAAAGAGCUUAGGCCAUUGCAGAAGGAGAUAACCGACUACAAACCCAAGAUAGACAACAAUGCCAAGAAUGGUCAGAAGCUGGACACGGUCAUCCGUGACACCGUUCAACCGCUUCAGAGUGUCCCUCACUACCGUUCCACAGAGCUCGGAAACAUCGGGCAGCAGGACCAGGCCCAGGCCGGCAAGUUCCAGGAACCGGUUGAAUUCAUAGGAGAGACACCAGUCCAGAGCGAGGUCUACGAUGUCAACAAUCGUUACGACAACCUGAAACACCGCAUCAACGCCACUUUGGAAGACAUCGCCCUCUCGGAGGAAUGGGUCAACAAUCUGAACAAGGUCAAUGGCGAUCGCGAGUGGGUCACUGCUUCUGACACCAAGAUGGAGAGAGCGAGACCGAUGGCCAACGACAUUCCCACGCUGACCAAAGAGAUUGAGGUUUUCAGGGGCAUCCACAGUGACGUCCGCGGCAGGCAACCGAACAUCUCCGACACCGUCAACGGAUCCGAGCUCUUCCUGCGGAAGAACAAGGACAGGCUCUCCCCCAAGCAGAACGAGGACCUGUCCCAAAAGUCCAGCGACCUUCGCCGAGAGUACGACGACAUCUACAACAGGUCGGAUGACUGGCUCAGGGAAGCCAUCGACAGGCUGAACAGGAUGGAGAUGGACGAAGAACAAAGGUUGCGACUUGAGACUGAACUUCGAGAGAAGGGCACCAAACUCCAGGAUCUCUUGGAUUGGUUGGUCAAGGCGGAACAAGCCUUAGCUGCACAACAGCCUCUCAAUGAGAAGAGUCCGCAGGUCGUGCAACAGUACACAACCCACAAGCCUCUCCAUGAUGAUAUCCAAGCACAUCAGCAGCCCAUCCUGCAGUGUGUUGAGGACAUCGAACAGCUCCUGAAGACACUCGGUGACAGGGUGGGCAAGACUGAGACCAAACGCCUCAGGGACGGUCAGGACGAACUCAGAGGGCGCUACGAGGCUGUUCAUACACAGUCCCAGGACAGACUGAAGACAUUGACCCAGGCCAUCCAAGAUCUUGAGAAGUUUGAGGUCGACUUCACUGAAUUCACGGACUGGCUUCAAUCCGCGGAGCGCAAGAUGGACAACUCCGAGCGCAACGUCGCCAUCGAGCUUGUCCCACUCAAGCAGCAACAGGCCGACCAUGCCGAGUUUGGAGAGGAUGUCAACGAUCAGAAGGGAGACCUGAAGUUCUUGAACAAAGGAGGACAGGCCUUCAUUGAUAUGGCUAAGGUCUAUCGUCAGAGGCUUGCCGAAUUCCGUAGCAUCCUCCCUCGCCAGCAGAGCCGAGCCUUCCAGGAGGCUGCAGAACCGAACAUCAUCCGCGGUCAGCUCACCGACAUCAACGCCCGCUUCGACAAGCUCAAGCUUCGCUACGGCAAGCACCUGCGUCUCCUCAACGAGCUGGUUGCCAAGCACCAGCUGUACGCGGACAGUGUGGGCGGAGUCUCCACAUGGCUGGGUAAUGCCGAGGCAACGUUGAGUAAGAUGAAGAGCGAACCGAUCGGUGCUACCAAGGAAACUAUCCUGAGACAGAUUGAGAAGGCAGAGACUUUCCACCAAGACGUUGUUGCCCAUGCCAGCGAUGUUGAAAAUGUGAAAGCCAAUGGUGAAGAGCUCAUAGGAACACAGCCGGCUGUUAAACAAAACGUCCAGAGAACAACAGGAGACAUCGUAAAGCGAUAUGAUGCCCUUGAGAUGGGUGUCAACGACUUCCUGGAGAAGCUCAGGGUGGCCCUAGCCAACACCCAGGGAGUCAUGGAGAACCUUGACAUGCUGGAGAAAUGGCUGGAUGAGGCAGAGAAGGAGCAGCACAAGCUGGAGAAAGGCACGGUGACUCCCGCUCGCAGGGAGCCCAUCCUGGAUCAGAUUGAGAACAAUAAGAUCAAGCGGGAUCAGAAAGUCCUCGAGGAUGAUAUUGCCAGCCACCGCACACCCAUCGACUCCGUCAAUGUGGCCGCCAAGAAGCUCAUGACGACCGUUCCACCCAACGAGGCGAAGCUCGUCCAGGAGAAGCUCAACCGGGUCAACGAUCGCUACGGCAACGUGUCAUCGGCUGCCAGGGACCAUGGCGAAGGGCUGAUGACCCUCAGCAAGAAGUUGUCCGACUUUGAGAAGGAGGUGGAUGACUUUGAGGAUUGGCUCCUGCCGGAUCUGGAGACGCUGGAGUCGGAGGCUCUGAUGAAGCAGGAGCUUUCCAACACGGCUAACACCCUCAAGGAUAUAAGCCGCCGGCAUGAUGCCCACAAGCCGCAGUACAGCCGCAUCCACAAGCUUGCUGAAGCCCUCCUCUCGGAUUCCAAGGCCAAUGAUACAUCCUACGUCACAUCGGUUGUCAACAGUGUCGACAAGAACUACCUAGACUUUGAAGAGGCACUCAAGAAGAGGAACAAAGACCUUGAUCGAAAACGGGAUGCAGAAAAGAAGUAUGGUGAUCGUCACAGAGACACGACCCAAUGGCUGACUGGUAUGGAGCGCAAGGUCAACCAGCUUCCGGUCAGUGGCAAGGAUCUGGCCACUGUCCAGAAACAGUUGCAAGAGUCCAAGCCAAUCCAGGAAGAGGUCAUUGGGUACAAACCCAGCAUCGACACCUGCAAUAAGCUCGGCCACACCUACGACUCGGUCAUCAGGGAGACUGACCAACCCAUCGUGGCCCAACCUCACAUCCGGUCUCUCCAGGCCACCAUGCCCAAAGGCGGACAGGUCAAGCAGUCAGUGGUUGAUCUGGACAAGAGUGGCGUCUAUCAAGACGAUGAGACACCAACAGAGCGUCAACUCUCAGACGUCAACCGCCGCUACGAUGACCUCUUGAAGAACAUGCAAUUCCGCAUCGAUGACCUCAACCUGACACGGCAGUACAUCGAGCGUGAUGGGAAGGUCGGUGAGCAGUUGGAAUGGGUGACCGCUACUGAGACCAAACUAGCGAGGUCCGAGCCCCGUAUCCCAGCUACGGAGAUUGAGCCUCUGGAGAAGGAGAUUGAAAAUCUUGAGAAACUUGUCACUGAAAUCAGCGCCCACAAGAUUCCGAUUGAUGAUGUAAGCCUCCGAAGUGAGCAGUUCGUCGCUGACAACAAGGACGUCCUCCCUUACGAUAAGCAGGAUAGUCUCAACCGCAGGACUAUUGCUCUGAAAGACGGCUAUGGUCGUCUGAACGUCACCUCCACGGACUGGCUGAAGGAUGCCAACGAUGAGCUCAAUAGGCUCAAGCAUGAGCGAGACCAAGGGUUGUCCCUGGCUGAGCGUCUGCAGCAAGCCCUUGCUGGACUGGCCGAUCUUCUGGACUGGGUAGCAGAGGCUGAACGUAGACUGGGCUCAGAACAACCCAUGUCAGAAGUACCCAAGAACCUUGGUGCACAAGCUAAGGAUCACAAGGUGUUGCACGAGGACAUUGUCGCUCAUCAGCAGCCAGUGGUUGAGGUCGUUCAGACUGCCCAACAGCUCAUUGACCAGUUCGCUGACCGCCUCAAACCGACAGACCGCACCAAACUACAGGACCUCAGUUCGGAGCUCAAGAAGCGCUAUGACGUGGUCUACGUCCAGUCACAGACCCGCGAGAACCGCCUCAACGGUGCCAUCCCUGAACUUGACAAGAUCCUGGAAGACAACCAGGAGAUCACCCAGUGGCUUGGAGACACUGAUCGCCAGCUGCAGGUGGCACAGAAGGACAUCGGUCGUGACCUGAAGACCCUCAAGGACCAGUUUGAGAAGCAGAGUGCUUUCAACGAGGAGAUCCUGACGGAAGGAGCCGAUGUGCGCUUCUUGAACAUGAAUGCGAAGAGGAACAUGGAUGGAGAAAAGGUCUAUCGUCAAGAACUCGCCAACUUCCGACAGACCGUCCUCCCUCGCAAGUUCAACGACUCAUUCCGUGAGGAGCCAGAACCCACCGUCCUGCGUGACAUCGUGAACAACGCCAACGGACAGUACGGAGACCUGAAGACCGCUUCGUCCAACCUGACGCAACGGCUCCGCGUCCUGGUGGACCAUCAUCAGCUCUUCAACAAUGCCGUCGAAGGCAUCCUACCGUGGUUGGGCAACGCUGAGACCACCCUGGCCAAGCUUCUUAAGGAGCCUAUUAGUGCCGACCCAACAGCCAUUGAGAAGCAAAUCGAGAAACUACAGGAUGUCACAAAUCUGAGGAAUGAUGUCGUCCAACACCUAAGCGACGUUGAGAAGGUCAACGACACCGCCAAUGACCUGGUGGUCAUUCAACCCGCUGUAGAGAGGGAUGUCACAAGACAAGCAGAUGACAUUGACAAGCGCUACCGAGCACUGGAAGGCAACAUCGAUGACCGUCUUGCUGCUCUCCGCCGAGCUUUGAGCCAGUCUCAGGGUGUCCAGGAGAACCUGGACAUGCUCCUGCGCUGGUUGGACAAGGCAGAGAGGGACUGCUACAACAUGGAGAAGGGAACCCUGAUCAGUCUCCAGAAGGAGCCUCUCCUGGAGAACAUGGAGUCACAACAGAUCCUUCAGAAAGACAUUGUCAGCCACAAGCCUGACAUUGAUGCAGUCAAACAAGCCGCUACCCAGCUUAUCAAAACCAGUGAGCCCCAGGAGGCCAAAUUAAUCAGCGAUAAGCUAGCUGAAGUCAACGACCGCUACAAGAAGGUUGGUGACACCACCUCAAGGCACGGCGACGUUCUCAAGGGACUCGUGGACAGGGUUGGUGACUUUGAGAACCGGGUGGACAAGCUGGAGGACUGGGAGCUUCCGGUGAUCCAGACCCUGAAUGCCAAGGAGAUGGGACAGAUGGACACUCCAAAGCUCAUUGGCAAACUCAAGGAUGUCCGCCAGCAGGUUGAUGGUCAACGCCCUGCCCUGAAGCAGGUACAGCAAAUGGGAGAACAACUCAUCAAGGAACCCAGAGCUAACGACACAUCACACGUCAAGGGUAUCAUCGCCAAUGUAAACCUUAACUGGGCCACACUGGAGGACAGCCUUGGACAAAGGAUGAAGCAGGUGGAUGACCUCCAAGCUGCCAGUGACAAGUAUGGCACCCAACACAAGGACACUACUUUCUGGUUGACCAACAUGGAGAGACGGGUAGACCAGGCCAGACCGCAUGUCAAGGACAAGGCUGCCAUUAAGGCCAGACUGAAAGAACUCAAGCCUUUCUUGGAAGAAGUGGAUGCCUAUGAACCCAACAUCAUGAGCAUCAACAAGACCGGUGAUGCCCUUGAUGCACUCAAGAGGGAUGUAGCUCAAGCAGUACCAUGCAAACCCUUACAGAGGUCCACGCAGCCUGGACUCGAAGCAGUACCAGCAUCAAGAAUCGAGUCUGAGCCCCACAUUGGUGAUGACACACCAGUGCAGCGUGAGCUUGACGAUGUCAACCAACGUUACGCUGACCUCCGCAAGCACCUGAUUGAUUGCCUGGACGAUCUCCAUGUAGCCGAGAGAUGCAACGAGGAGACCGACAAUGCCCAGGACACUCUUGAUUGGGUUGAGGCCACAAACGCCAAGCUUGUACAAGCCAAACCAAAGAGCAGAGAGAUAGAGCCUCUUAGGGAGGAAGUCAAGGCUUUCAAGACUCUUCAAGCAGAGGUGCAAGCCAAACAACCCCAAGUCAGUGACACCAUCAGCUCUGCAGAGCACUUCAAGAGAGAAUACCGCGACAAGCUUUCCGAUGACCAGCGUCAACCACUGGAAGAGAAGGUUGACAAGCUCAAGUCUCGCUACGAUCAGGUCUACAACGAUUCCAACGACUGGCUGCGGGAUUCGACUCAGGCCUUGGAUGACCUUGUUAGAGAAGAAGAAGAAAGGAAACGAGUUGACACUCUCCUGAGAGAGAAAUUGACGGCACUUGUGGAUCUCCUGGACUGGGUAAGCCAGGCAGAACAUGCUCUAGGUUCUGAACAGCCCCAGAGUGACCAGUCUCAACCUCUCCAGAAACAGGUGGAAAGCCACAAGGUUCUUCACGAUGAUGUUCUAGGCCACCAGCAACCCGUAGCUCGCUGCACGCAAGACGUCGUCCAGUUUCUGCAGCAGUACGGCGACCGCAUCAGUCCAGAGAACUUCAACAAACUACAGGACGGCGGUCAGAACCUCCAGUCUCGCUUUGACGUCGUCCUCAACGAGUCCUACGUCCGCACCAACCAGCUCAACCCAGCCUUGGAAGAGGUCAAGAAAUUUGAGCAGGAGACGGACGAGCUGGAGACCUUCCUGGGGAAGACGGAGAACAAGAUCGACGUGCUCGGUGCGAACGUUGGAACGGACUAUGCCACGCUCAAGAGCCAGCUGGAUGAGCACCGCAUGAUCACGGAGGACAUCAACGAUCAGAAGGGAGAUAGAAAAUUCAUCAACAAGACCGGUGCCACGUUCCAGGAACAAGCAACGAACAUGGGAGACCUCACGAUGGCAUACAGAGACACCCUUACUGACUUCAGGAACACGGUGCUCCCACGCACCUUCACCCGCAACUUCCAGGAGAACCCGGAACCGGAGGUGAUGCGGAACCGCAUCUCCACCAUCAAUGACAGGAUGGACACCCUGAAGACAACGUCAGGAGAGCUCGGCGAGCACCUCAGGGAUCUUGUGGAUAAACACGAGAAGUACAACUCUGCUGUUGAUGGGUUCAACGGAUGGUGCGGCGAUGCGGAGAAGAAGCUGGGUGUCCUGGAGAAGGAACCGGUUGGAACGGAACCCGUCUCCAUCAUGAAGCAGAUCGAUAGGGUCAAGGACUUCAACGAUGAUGUCAUCGCCCAUGGUCGGGAUCUUGAGAGAGUGAAGUCGACAGGAAAUGAGCUUGUCGACGCCCAACCGGAGCUCAAACCAAGUGUGGAUGACACCAAAGAUGAAAGCAACGAGCGCUACCAGGCUCUCCUGGCCCACAUCGCCGAUCUCUUGACCAAGCUGAACACGGCUCUGGCCACUGCCCAAGGUCUCCAGGGGUCCUUGGAUGCCCUGCUCCGAUGGCUUGACCAGGCCGAGAGGGAUGUCACCAAGAUGGACCGUGGGACCAUCAUCAUCGCUAAGAAGGAGCCUCUGGUUGAGAACAUGGAGGAACAGAUGGUCAUCAACACUGACAUCGUAGCACACCAGCCAGCCGUCGAGUCCGUUGUCAAAGCAGCUGACGAAGUCCUCCUCAACAGCGAGCCCGAGGAAGCUCGCAACAUCCAAUCAAAGGUCGACAGCAUCCAGAAGCGCUAUGAUGUCAUCAGUGAUGUCACUGGGAAGCACGGGGAAGAUCUCCAGCUCCUCAACGAUAAACUUUCCGACUUUGAGAAGGAGGUCGACAACCUGGAGGACUUUGUGAUCCCUGGCUUGGAGACCCUUGAGGCUAAGGAUCUGAUGAGGAUGGAUAUGAACCAACUGGGCAAGAAGCUCAAUGACAUGAACACCCAGAUUGAGGCUCACAGACCACAGUACAAGCUUGUCCAUGAGCUAGGUGAAGAGAUCGUCAAUAAGACCAAGGCCAAGGAUACCAGCUAUGUCAACGCAGUACUUGCCAAUGUGGACAAGAACUGGAAGGACCUCCAGGAUCUCAAAGACCUCAGGAAGAAGCAGCUGACCCAGAAGCAGCAAGCGACGAACAAGUACAACACCGGCUACCGGGACACCAACACCUGGAUCACCACCAAGGAGAGGACCCUUAGUCAACUCCAACCCGUUGCCAUGGAUUCAAGGAUGCUAUCCAGGCAGGAGAAGGAGAUCAAGCCUUUCCAGCUGGAGGUUGCCGCUUACAAGCCCACCAUGGACGAACUGAACAAGGUCGGUAACAACCUGGACACCCUUCUGAGGGAGCUAGAAGCACCGGUGAAGACCACACCUCACUACAAGUCUCUGCAGCUGAGCACCGGUCUGUCAGGAGACCAGAUAGUCCAGCAGCAGAUCAAGGACACCCUGGAGCGCAGCACGUACCAAGAACCAACAGAAGACAGCGACAUCAAGCGCCAGCUCGGUGAUGUCAACCGCCGUUACGAUGGCCUCAAGAUCCGCAUCAAGGAUAGGCAGGAUGACAUUGACCUUGCCCGACUCUUCCUGGAUCGUCUUGGUGACGUCAACAACCGUUUGGACUGGUGUGCCAACGCAGACAGCAAGCUGAUGAAACUCAAGCCAACCAGUCGGGAUCUUGAAAAACUCAAGACGGAGUUUGACAAGUUCAAGGACUUUGAGGGCAGCGUCAACUCCAACAAGCCAGCCAUCCUUGAGACGAUCGUAACAGGUGAACAGUUCGCCAGAGAGAACCAGGACCGUCUGCUUCCAGAACAACAAGAGGAGCUCCAACGCAAGACAGAUGAACUCCGUACGUACUUUGAUACCGUCGAGAACAAGGCUGCUAAAAUUGACGGAGACACCAAGGCUAAUAUUGAUAACCUGGAGUUUGAGAUCUCAGAAGAGAUGCGUGUCAGGCAGCUGUUCAAUGAUGCCCUUGGCUCCAAUGUCAAGCUCCUUGACUGGGUGUCUGAUAUUGAGAGACGUCUAGGAUCGGAACAACCCAUCAAGGAAGAAACCAAACCACUCAAUCAACAAGCCUCGCAGCAUAAGGUUCUUCAUGAAGAGAUCCUCAGCCGCCAACAGCCUGUCAUGGAAGCUGUCCACACUGCCACCCAGCUUGUAGAUCAGUACAGUAGCCGGCUCAGGGAUGCUGAUGCCUUCAAGCUCAAGAACACAGCCAGUGACCUCAAGACACGCUUCGACAACGCUGUUGUCCAGUCCUACACCCGCAACACCAAGCUCGGAUCCUCGGCGGAGGACAUCGGGCGCUACGAUGGAGACAUCAACGAGUUUGAUGACUGGCUGACAAAUGCAGAGAGGUCAGUGGAGUCCAAGAGACGUGCUGUACCCAAGACUUUAGAAGAGUUGGAGAAGAGUCUUGCAGAUAUGAAGACUUUUGAGAAGGAGGUUGUGACUCAAGGGGCUGAUCUGAAGUACAUCACCAAAACAGGAAACAAGUUCUUGGACAAUGCCAAGGUGUACAAAGAAGAGCUAGCUGAUUAUCGCAAGUCAGCCUUGCCUAGAGACUUCAAUGCUAACUUCCGUGAAGAACCUGAGACCAAUGUCAUCCGGGACCACCUGGGCAAGAGCAAUGACCGCUACAACGCCCUCAAGCUGAAGACCAAUGACCUGACCUCAGAGCUUUCGGAUCUUGUAGACUGCCACCGUCGGUACAACAAGAACCUCACAUCAACCGAUGGCUGGUUGAAGGAUGCCAGGGAGAGCCUUGAUGCCCUCCUUCAGGAACCAAUUGCCUCAGAGCCGAUCAACAUCCAGAAACAGAUCGAUACUCUCAAGACGCUCCAUGACGAUGUUGUCCUCCAUGGCCGUGAUGUCGAUGAUGUCAAGUCAACGGGAGAAGAUCUGAUUGACCUUCAGCCUGCCACCAAACCAGAGGUCAACCAGGCUACAGAUGAUGCGGUGAGACGUUACCAUGAGCUUGAAGGAGAGCUGGCGGACAGGAUGAGGGCGCUGCGUAAGGCACUGGCCGACUCUCAGUCUGUCCAGGAUAGCCUUGAUGCCCUGCUGCGAUGGCUGGAUGACAAAGAGAAGACAUUGAUGAGGAUGAUGAAGGGAACAGUGAUUGUGGUCAAGAAGGAGCCAUUGGUUGAGAACCUGCAGGAAUACAGGCUUCUGGAGAAGGAGAUCGAAAACCACCGGCCCACGAUUGAAUCUGUCUUCCGGGCCACCAACUCUGCCCUUCGCAACUUUGCCCCCGAGGAGCGAGCCAUCUACCAGGACAAGAUGAACGACUUUGACACCCGCUUCGGUCAGCUGACUGGCUCUCUCAAGGAGCACGGAGAGAACCUCCAGGGCCUCUCAGGGAACCUUGUGCAGCUGGAGCUGAAGCUGGAUGACCUGGAGGAGUGGCUUAUGCCUCUCCUGGAGACCCUAGAGUCCGGCGACUUCAAUGACAGAGAGAUCCCUGAAGUAGAGACUGCUAUCAAGGAGAUCAUCCAGGACGUUGAUGCUCAUCGUCCUGAGUGCCAGGCCGUCCAUGCUCUAGGUGAAGAACUCAUCAGCCAUCCCAAGGCUGGGGACACUUCCUUUGUCUCUGCAGUUCUCACCAAUCUUGACCAAAACUGGACAAGCCUUGAGGACGUUGUUGCCAAACGAGUUCAACAAUUGGAAGAUCGCCAGGUUGCAACCCGACGGUACGACAGCCGCGCCAACGAUGUCAACUACUGGCUUGACAACAUGGAAGACAAGCUGGGCAAGCUUGAUCUGGAAGUACAAGAUAUUCAAGCAGUUGACCUUCAAAUACAGCAUCUCAAGCCUCUUCAGCGAGAGAUCACCGACUACCGCCCCAAGAUUGUGGAGGUGAACAAGGUGGGCUCCGCCCUUGACAACCUGAUCCGUGACAUCAUGCACCCGCUGGACAACAGACGUCACUACUGGUCCUCCCAGAUAGGUGCCACCCUCCAGACGGAGUGGACUCCACAGAAGCCAAAGGCCAAGAGGGCCGGAGGAAGAGACGAGCCUGAUAAGACUCUCCUAGAAGAUGACACAGAAGUUGAGAAGGAACUGGAAGUCACCAACAAGCGCUAUGAUGAGCUCAACCGACGCCUAGCGGAUGCCCUGGAGGACCUACGCAUCGUACGCCUCUGUGCCGACAAGGUCGACUCUCUCCAGAACCUUCAAGAGUGGGUCAACCAGAUUGAGGCCCGACUGACCGAUACCAAGCCGACAAGCAGAGAGCUCCAGCCAUUGGUCCGAGAACUGGAUGUCUUCAAGUCUUAUGAACGUUUUGAAUUGCAGAUGAUUGUAACAAAAGUCCAGCCCAUCCAUGCAGAGGUGGCCGACCAUCGCCCCGUCAUCCUGGAGGUUGUGCACAGCGCCGAGCAGUUCCUCCGGGACCACCGUGACAGGCUCCACCCCAAUCUGCAGAACAAGCUCAAAGGUUUGACCUCCAACCUCAGGUCAUCCUACGAACAGGCCUCGCUUAAGUCCAACGAUUGGCUCAAGGAAGCCACCCAGGUUCUUGACCUCCUGAAGAGUGAGGAAUCUGACCAGGUUGCAGUAGAUGAGCUGUUGCAGGCCACCAUACAAGCCUUGGAUGAUGAACUUGAAUGGAUUCCGAUCAUUGAAAAGAGGUUGGGCUCGGGACAGCCGUUCGCCGAGGAAUCAAAACCUCUCGCACAGCAAGAAGUGGAGCACAAGGCCAUCCAUGACGAGAUCCAGAACCACAAGACCCCAGUCCUGCAGGCUCUCCAGGAGACCCAGUCCCUGAUCCGCCAACAUUCCCAAAGUCUUAGACCAGAAGACCAGAACAAAAAUGAUUAAUUCAUAGUAGAGAAA